AUGGGACUCGCGAGCCAGGCCGCUGCUCUGCUACGACGGCCGAUAAAAGGCUCGCCCUCCCCGCCGAUCCGCUCAGUCACCGCCUCUCCUCUCUCACCCACCUCGUCAGUCUCUCACAACAUGCACUUCUCCGCUCGCCUCCUCUCCCUCCUCGCUGCAGCCCUCCUUGCUACCGCCGCUCCUCACCAAGGCGACGCCGCGGUCACCGUUACCGUCACUGUCUUUGACUACAGCCCGUCCUCAACUAUGUUCUCGUCCUCCCAGUCCACUCCGCCCCCUACCCCCACUUUUUCCCCAUCCUCGUCAUCCUCCACCACCUGGGCACCCUCGAGCUCAGACACCCCGUCCUCCACCCCGCCACCCUCGCCACCUUCUGCACCCUCUCCCUCCUCUGCCGGCGGCCAGUGCAACACCGGACCCAUCCAAUGCUGCUCCAACCUCGUCGCGCCCUCUGACCCCCGCGCCUCCUCCCUCCUGGAUCUCGUCGGGCUGGUCGUGCACGACAUCAUCGAUAACGUCGGACUCGGCUGCGAGGGCCUCGUCGGUGGCGGCUCCUCAUGCAUCAGCACCCCCGUCUGCUGCGAGAACAACUCGUUUAACGGCCUCAUUAACAUCGGCUGCGUCCCCAUCGUGAUUAGCCUGUGA